AUGCAUUCUACCUUGCAUGCGGAACUGAGGUUCACGCAGAUCCUUAAGUCCACUUGUCGACAGUGCGCUCGACAGCAAUCCAGCAGAACACGCUCCUUUCAUUCCGGCCCUCGAAUACGUGCUCCUCAAGAGCCUGCAAACAACGCCAGUUCAGUCAAUGGUGUCGACCUCGGCGAUGAUGCCAAGAAUGUUGAAGUCCGGUCGGAGGUAGCGAGAGAAAAGCCGAAAUUCGAGGAGACGAAGUCCCAGGUCAAUCAACAGCGGACGACACCUACCGACCCUCCUUCCGACAAUGCGGACCAACCCCAAGUCCAGAGUUUCUAUGGCUCAUCUGCGAAAAGACGACUGCGGAGUCGCAUGCUCAAGGAAACUGAGCCGGAGCACAAAAUUCCAGAAUGGUUGUUGGCCAACAAUAUACAUCUGUAUGGUGAAGGGACUCUUGCGGUCGGAGCGUCCUCGAGGAUCCAGGUAGUUCCUGCCGAUCUGAUCACUGGCGAGCCAUUAGACCACACCAGUCCCUCCAGUCCGAAUGGGAAUCCCCGUGAUCCGAAUGCCGAAGACCAAGAGUCAGUCCUGAAUCAACGCUCCUCCUUCGAAGCUGCAGACGGGUUCGACGCAGCGAGUCCAGAUGCUGGGGAAUUGUCUCCCAUCAAGUCUGGACAGACCCCUUCCAGUGGGAAGAGGUAUCAUGUAAUUGAUGAACAGUAUGAAGAGGUAGAAAGGACGGCAAGAGGCCUCAUGCAACUAUCCCGGGUGCAAACAGCCUCGACUGAGGUAGAGUUUACCAAAAGCCACCUGCUGUUACAGUAUGCCGGUAAAGAUGGCGAUUUGCUGUUAGACCACGUUGUGGAAGACCUAGCUCGCAACCUCGGUUGCGAUCUUAUGGUGUUGGAUGCUCAGGAUAUCGCAGACUUGAUCAGUCGUUCAAACCAACAAUCGCGCGUCGCAAAGGCAGGGCGCAUGUUGAGCUACGAUGUCUUCACAAAUGCUUAUCCCACCUCUUCUGAAGUGGGUCAGGCCCAACUCUCCAGGGAAGAGGACGAGGAUGACGAAGAUCUGAUGGACGACUUUGAGAGCGCACCGUCUCCUCCUCAAAUGGGUAUGCCUGUGUUCAUUGGAAAGCCCAUAUCCAUCGACUUGAAGACGAUGUUUGGGUCUCAGGGACGGUCAACAAGAUCAGACAUACCUAUAUCGCCCAUGAAGCUGGUGUCUGAUAUGUUGAAUAUGAACACGGGAUCGGCCUCCCAAGAGACAACCCGCCCGUUCGCCGGUGUGGUUGAUAGUCUACUGACAAGCUUCUUAGAAAGGCGACUGAAACCCGCUGGCAAGGGACAAUCCCAGUCUUCAACAAGGAGUCUGAAAUGGGAAGAAUUACGCGAAUACACGGCGAGGCAAACUGGGGUUCCAAAAGAUGCUGCUAUUAUACACGUCAAGGACCUUGAAUCGAUCCAGGAAACCAGCAUUGGCAAUCAGUUCCUCCAAGAGCUCUACCGGCAAGUCGUGAAGCGAAGAAUCUCAGGGGCAAGCAUCCUUCUUGUGGGCACGGAUUGUGCGCGGGAAGACCAAGAACCAUUCACCAAGCAGCGGAUCAACGAUACCCAGACUGGUGAGCGGGAUGAAAUAUCUCACAACAUCGUCCUUACUCCCGUUUUACCCAAUACCACUUCCAAACUUGCCCUUCUUCACGACCGCAAGCAACGAAUAGCCACGGUCAAUAUGAGACAUCUUUGGGAGAUGAUGCGGUAUCGCAAACCAGCCGUGUUCGCCCACCUUGAACCCGGAUUUUGGCGGAGGGACUUUUUCAACCACGUCACUAGGAGCGACAGGUCAUGCUUAGAAGCACAGAUUUGGAACUACUCGUAUGUGCAGCGCCUGGCGACAUACAUAGCCGGAGCUGCCCCGCUAAUCAGCAACAUUCCUGGUAUCACUGACAAGAAAGAACUUCAAGAUUCCCUGGCUGCUGUCCAAGGGGCCUCGGAACCCGUCAUCUCAGCAGCGACAGCUCACUUGAACCAUAGCGACAAGACCAAGAUACGAUGGGCGGAAAAGCAGGAAAAGGAGACGAAGAUCGAGCUCCCCGAGCAGCAGAAAACCAAGGAGGAUGUACGGCUUGCCGGGAUCCGCGCUUCAGCCUCAAAGUAUGAAAAACGGUUGAUGGGUGGCAUUAUAGAAGCAGAAAACAUCAAGACGACAUUCAAUGACGUCCAUAUGCCUGUUGAGACGAUCGACACUCUCCAGACCUUGACCACUCUCUCGCUCAUCCGGCCUGAUGCUUUCAAGUACGGAGUCCUUGCGUCAGAUAAGAUCCCUGGGCUUUUGUUGUACGGGCCACCUGGCACGGGCAAGACAUUAGCUGCGAAAGCUGUUGCAAAAGAGUCGGGAGCGACAAUGCUUGAAGUCAGCGCCGCAGACAUCAACGACAUGUACGUGGGGGAAGGCGAAAAGAAUGUGAAGGCCCUGUUCGGUCUCGCCAAGAAGCUCUCCCCGUGCGUUGUUUUCCUCGAUGAGGCAGACGCCAUGUUCAGUGCUCGAAGCAACCAAGGUCGUCGUGUCAGUCACCGCGAGCUGCUCAACCAGUUCCUCAAGGAGUGGGAUGGCAUGAGUAAUGACUCUGGCAGCGCGUUCAUCAUGGUCGCGACCAACCGGCCGAUGGACCUUGACGAUGCUGUGCUCCGUCGAUUGCCGCGGCGGCUGCUUGUGGAUCUUCCGACAGAGCCGGACAGGUUGGAGAUUCUGAAGAUCCAUCUCCGACACGAAAUCCUUGCCGAAGAUGUCGAUUUGGCGGUUCUAGCGAAAAACACGCCCUUCUAUUCCGGCUCGGACUUGAAGAACGUGGCGGUUGCGGCGGCGAUGAACUGUGUGCGCGAGGAGAAUGCACUUGCGAAGAAGCACACGGGCGAAGAGCCGUACAAGCACCCUGAACGCCGAACAUUGUAUUGGAAACACUUUGAAAAGGCUCUCGACGAGAUCUCGGCCAGUAUUUCCGAGGACAUGAGUUCGUUGAGAGAGAUCAAGAAGUUCGACGAGCAAUUUGGCGACAAGCGUGGGAAGAAAAAGAAGGCGCCUAGGCUGGGCUUCCCGACGCAGGAGGAGGAGAAAGGGCGUGAUACGGUAAAGGUCCGACAGUAA